CAUUCGUGAGGGUAGCGUGUGUCGCUUGGUACCGCGGAUCGCAACUACUUUUACGUUACCGUUCAAAACCGGUUUGAAAGUGCUCUGAGGUGUGGCGUAGGCGGUCAGUGCUGCGUUCAACCGUAAAAUACUCUUUUCAAAGUUCAAAACCAACUUUGUGGUUCAAAAAGUGUAUCACUGUGACUCAUCGGGCAACUUCUGUAUAAUAAAGGGUGAAAGAGACAACCAGUCGACGAGUGUGUGGAAGUGAGAGGGGACGAGUCCAGUUUUACCAGUUUGGGAAAGGAUACAGUUUUUUAAAUAGAAAAAAAUUAUAGUGACCACAUUCGUGUGUCUAGUAAUGCGAGUGCUCAAAAUCAGUGUUUUGUGAGUGAUUUUGUUUUCGUCGGAUAAAAUGGCUGCCCUUCCCGCGCUUUUUGGAUUGCUUAUGGCCGCUUUAGUAACAGGUCAAAAUUUGGACAUCACACCUAGAGAAGCCGUGCGACGCGUUGGAGAUGACUUGACCGUACUGUGCAAAGUACCGUACCCCAUUGACGCAUGCCGUGUGACGGUCGGAACAACAUCGUACAGACUCAUCCCAAACAACCAAGACGAAGAAAUUGUCUAUGCUGGUCAAGGAUUACAGCACGGAGAAUGCGGUGCCCAUAUAAAGCACAUAAAAGAAGAAUGGAACGGUAACAUAUCGUGUACGCUGCCUCCUCAGACGGGACAAAUUGAGGUCACUGGGACCAUGAGGCUACUCGUUGCCAGAGCACCCGGAGCCCCACAACUGCUUUCAGCACCCCAAGCCACGUUCAGAGAGGGGGAUGGUUUUAUGGCACAGUGUAUUGUGCCCAACGGAAGACCAGCGGCUAAGAUAACUUGGUAUUUAGAUGAGGUCCAACUACUUGCUGGUAUACACCAACCCAUCAUAACCUCGGAACCCGGUAGUGAUCUGAUGACCAUCAGUCAGAACGUGUCUAGGACCUUGGCACCUGAAGACAAUGGCCAGAAACUGGUUUGCAGGGCUGAACAUGAGGCUUUAGAUGCUCCGAGAGAAGCUGCUAGACAACUUGUAGUACACUACCCACCAAAACGCCUUGAGUCCGGUCAGAUUACGAUCUUCGGACUCAAACUCGGAGCAGAAGGACGUCUGAAUGUCACAGUUCGAGCAAACCCAGCGCCCACCACCGAAUGGACCGUUGGAGACCUGGUUCUGAUCCCACCUAGAAGCACCGAGGAUGGCUCUGUCGCAGCAUUGGAACCCUUACAUUUGGGUGGAGGUUUCUACAAUGUGACAUUGGUACUAGCGCGCGUGGCCAAGGAAGACGUGGAAAGAACCUACUACCUUCGCGUCACGAACGACUUAGGAAGGGAGGAGUUUGCCCUUCGACUAUCCACCAUGGACGAACCUGCUGGUGUGGAAUUGGAGACGGGCGCAAUAGUCGGCAUCGUAAUCGCAAUAUUGAUACUGCUUAUCGCUAUUGUUCUCGUGGUGUUCGCCAAGGCGACCGGCAGGUGGUUCUUCGCAGGGAGGUCCCAUCGUACUGACAUUCCUGAUGGCGCUGAUUCCGAAGCCCCCCUCCCUCCACAUGAUGACGUCAAAGGAUCAGAAAACCCCUCUCAUGACCACGGGGAAUAUAUCAGCAACGGUGACACAAAACACCCCGAGAAGAAGCCCGAUACUGCUGUCUAAGUUGUAAGUUAUAAAGCUGUCACUCGAUAAAUUGAACUACGUAUUCUGUACGAUAGGUAACAAUUUGUAACAAUUUUGUAACUAUUGUAAACUUAAUUUAGGAUUACACUUUUUUGUAACUUUUCAUUUAUUAAUAAUAUAUUGAAUUCUUAAUUGAUUAGUCUGUACCUAUAUCGUAUUGAAUCUUGCUAGCUAGGUUUGACGGAUGAUUUUAAUGCUUUACUGGCAAUUUACUUGAGUGUGAGAGUGACAGCUAAUUCGUGUUAAUUUUGACUCAAAAUAUCUUAUGUAAUUUCGUUUAGUGCCAGAUGUGUUAACAGUUACAGAAUAUAACAUAUUGUUAGUUAUUAUAAUAAUUUUAAUGCCAACGAAACACAAACUGAUACUUAUUUGAAAGAUUUACAAAUUUAAUGCACUAUGUAUUAGACAAAUUUUAGUGGCAGAGACUUUGGAUUCUGCCUCUUUUAUAUACUAUAUAACUUUCUCUAAAUAUUGUUAACACAGUCGAAAAAUCUCUUAAAUGUAAUAUCUACAAGAAUUCUCUCGAUUGUCUUUUAGCCUAAAACUUUUAAAAUGUAUUCGUAGAAGUUAUUAAGAAUCUCAAAUGUUGUCAACGAAUCCCAACGUAUAUUAUGUAGUUAGGGCAGGUUUUUAAAAUAUAUUAACUAAUAGAAAUACUUAAUAUAAAUGUAUUUCACAGCUGGUUCAAUAACUUAAGUUUUAAGGUAAAGUUUUAUUAAGACUAUUGUUAUACAUUUUGGAAAACACUUUACGUUAAGUUAAUAAAUAUAAUAAGUAUCGAUAUCAAUCGCAUACCAUCAAUAGGUCUAUUUAUAUUGGUCUAUACGUAAGACGUCUUUAUGAAAAUUUGCAUUGAUUUUUAUACUUUUUUAUUAUGAUAAAAUAGAUUUUUGUAAUAUAAACUGGCCAUUUUAUACUCUCACUUAUUAGGUUUAUGUAUAACUUUUAUAACAAAAGUACAUACUUUUUUCAUAAUUUUAAGACUUAAUGUGUUCGAACCACCAUUUUUUAUUUUGUAUAUAAUCUGUCAUUACUUUUAAUGUCUACUUAAAAUAGAUUUAAUACGGAUUAAAUAAGGUUGUUUUAUUUUAACGCGUAACUUGUCACGAUUUUUUUUAUUCCUUAUAAUUGUAAAAACAAGAUACAAAUUUUCUAAAUGAAAAAUCUCAAAUUACAAUUAGAAAUAUGUAAUUCAUAUAAAAUCGUGAAUAUUUUUAGCUUUUUUUGUAUAAACAUAAGGUAUAAUGAAAUGACAUUUAUUAUUUAAGUUAGUGAGUUAAGUCACCGUCAUUGUGAUGAUUUUAGUAUUUGUUUACAUUUAAAUACAAUUUUAUUUAAUAAGAAUUUAUUUUUGUACCAAUUUAGUUUAAUGGUUUAAAAUUGAGCUUAUUUUGUCUCUUCUUGUAUCUAAAUGUCAAUUCAAAAACACUGCCAUUCUACACAGCCAAAAAUAAAAUAAUAUUUCUAUUAAACUGCAUCAAAAUUAGGUUUCUAAAUUUUUCCGUUCAACUAAACGUUCCGUGUUUUUUUAUAAAACCAUGUGUAAAAUUCUAUACAUACUGUCAUAUUAUGUGUACCUAAUUAUAAAAUUCACUAAAUUCUAUACGUCAUGUCAUACGUAUUUAAAUAUAAAAUUCUUAACAUUACGUAGAUAGCGAGGAUAAUCAAGUUUGUAACGUUCAUAAAAUUAUAUACCGCUGCGUUAUUAACGAAUUAUAAUUGAAUAUAAAGUAUUUAUUAAAUAAGAAA